AUGGAGAAUCCUGACAAGUACAGAUCUACUGGCUCUCUGCAAAAACGAAGUCUCAGUACUACUGCUAGCGCUGCAUCUAUUGAUAAGUUGCACGAAUUGAGGGAAGACAGCGAAGAAGUUUCCGAAAGGAGUACACCUGAUGCUGAAGGCAGCAACAUGUUCAAGACCAUAGGCAAAAUGCUUUCAUUGUCAUUACUUAUUGACCCCGUUUUCCUUGUUUUCGCUAUCUCUAAUCUCCUAACAUCUGUUGGAUUCAACUCGCCGUUGUACUUCUUGCCACUGCACGCAACAAGAGGUGUUGGACUCGAUUCGACAAGACUGUGUAAUACCCUUGGUCGAGUUGUUUUUGGCGUUGUGGCCGAUCACAAACUUCCUCUACCGUAUGGACUCGGAAGGGACACGGCUAGGAACAGAUUAUGGAUCUACAACAUAUCGCUUGCGGUA